AUGACCGCGGCUUACAAUGGUGGGCGCUCUCGUGUUUUCUUCAGAAAGCAGCGUCGCGCACCGACGAGCCAGUCGUCCGAUGGCUUGUCGAGCAGCCGCACCUCGAUCACGCGGUCUCGAAGCCCCUUCUCCUUAUCCACAACCCUUUCCAGAACUUCGCUCAGUUCCGUCGACGAUGUUGUGGAUGAUGUCAAAGGACCACUCGGCCUGAACCUCCUAUAUUCGCCUUCAGAUCCCCAGGUCGAUAUCAUCUUUGUGCAUGGCCUGGGCGGGGGAUCUAGAAAGACAUGGAGCAAGACCCCUCAGCGGUCCCAUUACUGGCCUCAGGAAUGGCUACCAAAGGAUCCUGGCUUCAAAGUGGCGCGUAUUCAUAGCUACGGGUACGACUCCGACUAUCUGAAAGGCAGGGAAGACUGCCUGAACAUACAUCACAUUGGCAAGUCAUUCCUGGCCGCACUCAGCACGUCGCCCUGUUUUAUCGGGUCCGAGACGUUCAUCAUUGUAGUUGGGCAUAGUAUGGGAGGGCUGGUGAUCAAAAAGGCGAUAAUUCUGGCCAAACAAGACUCGGUACAUAAGCAGCUGGCUCGAAGAUUCGCCGCUGUCUAUUUCCUCGCGACACCACAUCGCGGUGCGGAUUCUGCAAAAACACUGAAGAACAUGCUGAAGGUCGCAUACGAUCGAGCCUAUGUGGCAGAACUGGAGAGAAACUCUGGCACGAUACAGGUCAUCAAUGACGAAUUUCGACAUUUCUCCACAAACCUUGAGCUCUGGUCAUUCUACGAAACACAGAACAUGAAAAUGUUCAGCUCACUCAUCGUGGAUCCGGAGUCUGCUGUAUUAGGAUACCGCGAAGAAAGACAAAUGCCCGUCAAUGCAGACCAUCGCUCAAUCUGCAAGUACGAGACCCCAACUGACUCCAACUACGUCAUGCUAAGAAACGCACUCUCUUCAACUGUAAACAACUUGAUGGCCACCAUUCCAGAGAGAGAAUUAGACAGAAAACGCGACCGAGUCAAAGUACUCAAACAAUACCUAGAGAUACCGGAUGUUCUGGACGAUGAUCUCGCCAACGCCCGGGAAGCUCGGAUGCCAGGAUCUUGCCAAUGGCUCUCAGAAAACAUCAGCUAUAGACGCUGGAUAGAUGGGAGCUCGCCAGCUGACCGAAUAUUAUGGAUGAAAGGCAAGCCUGCCACAGGGAAGUCUGUGCUUGCCGGAUAUGUCAUCGACGAGCUGCAGCAAAGGAACCAGUGUUGCAGUUACUUCUUCUUCAAACAUGGAGACAAGUCGAAGUCCCGUCUCAGUCGCUGUCUGAAAUCCAUAGCCUUCCAGAUGGCAUGUUUGGAUGAUGACGUUGGCAUUGCGCUCUUGGAAAUGGCAAAUGAUGGUGUUCGUUUCGAUCAUGUAGAUGAACGGACGCUGUGGAGGACCAUGUUCAUGUCCAAGAUCUUUGAAGACAUAUCGAUGCGCCAUUUCUGGGUUAUUGACGCCCUCGAUGAAUGCUCCAGUGGCCUCGCAUUCGUUGAAAGCCUUUUGGCCAAGAUGAACGAGACUGUUGAUUUGAGAAUUCUGAUAACUGGAAGAGACGCGACAGAUUUCAACCAGGCAUUUUCAAAGGCCCUGGCACAUUCAAUGACAAUAUCAGAAACGGACACUUUGCCAGAUCUCCGACUAUUAGUCGAAACCAGAACUCAACUCCUCGGAGUCGUGGGGUUUCCUGACCGCCCAGCAUUGGUCGAUAAAAUACUUCUCAGCUCCAGAGGCUCGUUCUUGUGGACGGCUCUAGUUCUCAAGGAACUACAAUGCUGCCAUAGUAAAAGAGAGAUCGAUCAGAUACUCGAAAAUGUCCCGAAGGGUAUGGUGCCAUUGUACAAGCGAACACUGGCCUCGAUGGCGGCACUUGAGAGGGGCAAGAAACUUGCAAAGGCAAUUCUUUUGUGGGCAACUUGUGCGUUUCGCCCAAUAACAACAACCGAGCUUCAUGGUGCCCUUCUCUUAGAUAUUGAAGACAACUUUCCGAACUUGGACGACAGCAUAGCGUCACUCUGUGGCCAGCUGGUGGUUGUCGAUGGAUUCAAGAGGGUGCAGAUGAUUCACGAGACUGCCAGAGAGUUCCUCCUCGACGAUGACAACGAUUCGGAAUUCUCAGUCCACGAGCAACAGGCCCAUACAACGAUGGCUAGAGUGUGUUUAACUUACUUGACAGGGGACGAGAUGAAGCCUCCAAGAGGCAACCGCCGUCGUUCAUCCGCAAGCCUCCCAUCGACACGGCUACCAUUUGCUUCAUAUGCUCAAACCGCAUUUUCGUACCACCUCGCCAAGGCCAACUCACAGGAUCCUGAGAUAUUCCAGCUUGUGGAGCAAUUCUUCAAAACAAAUGUCCUAUCAUGGAUUGCCGCAUGUGCAGAGUUGAAGCAUUUGAAUCAACUGAUCCGCACUUCAAAGCAUCUUAAAGCAUAUGUCAACGCUUGUUCUAUCGAACGGUCACCUCUGGAUCCACGGGUACAGACCCUCAAGUAUUGGACAGCGGACCUUACUCGCCUUCCAGCCAUGUUUUCAAAUGCGCUCAUUAAAUGCCCAGCUGCAAUCUACUCCUUGAUUCCACCGUUUUGCCCUACUAGAUCAAUGGUCUACAACACGAACGCUUCAGGUCGCAGGCUCCUGAUAGCUGGAUCUAAGAGCGAGCAAUGGGACGAUAGACUGCUCUGUGUCGACUUUCGAGAGGGCAGUCCUAGUUCGUUGGCCUACGGAGAAGACUUUCUAGCCGUCGGACUGACAUCCGGAUCAGUCGUUAUGUACUACACAACGUCAUACCAGGAACACACAACAUUGCUCCAUGGCGAGGCUACCAAGUUGAUUACCUUCAAACGAAAGUCCGAACUUGUGGCUACCUGUGGACUGAAGUUUGUGAAAGUCUGGAACGCGAGAAGCGGGGCUCUGUUGCACAGCUUCAAGAGUCCUCCGCGCCCUCUUAGUAUGGACUUUGACGGCGACAGUCUUCUGAUUAGCUCCCAUAAGAAUUUCUUGGUAUCAUGGGAUCUCGGAAGUGACCUUCAAUCGACGCCGACUCAAACGCACUGGAGCGAUGGGCCUGAAUCACAGCCUCAGCCAUUGCGACGACCUCCAAGCGCACUUGCUCUUUCGGUCAGUCAGGGAAUGCUUGCUGUCGCCUAUCACGGAAAGCCCAUUAUACUAUGGGACAUCGAAGAGAAAUUUUACGUAGGGAACUGCGGGAAAAGACUCUCCACUGGAGAGACCAGCACCCACGUUGUCGUCUCACUCGCUUUCAACCCAAACCCGAAUCUUGGCCUCCUAGCUGUCGCCUACCUCGAUGGUGACCUCGCGCUCCUGGAUCCAUUUUCUGACCAGCAGUUAGAAUGCUUUCGCGCCAACUACCAGACUCUCGCCAGCAGCCCUAACGGCCGCCUUCUCGCUGCCAGUGGAGCGAACGGCAUCAUUACCGUCCAUGAAUUCGAUACUUUGCGGCUUCUGUACCGUGUCAGAUCGACUGAUUCUUACAUCAAGCAGAUUGUCUUUGCCCCGGACAAUCUCCUCUUCGCUGACAUUAGAGGUGCGCAGUGUACGGUCUGGAAGCCUGAGACACUCCUGCGGGACUCCUUGAGUGACGAAAGCAGCGGCACUACUUCAGCAUCUCUGGUGGAGACUGUUUCAUUACUUGCCAAGGCAAGGAUUACAUCUAUCGCAGUUCACAACACUGCUGAUGCCAUAUUCUGUGGCAAAGACGACGGAUCUAUCUCAUUAUACAGCCGCAAGACCGCAGUCUUGUCUCGGGUCCUUUGGUGUCAUAAGUCGCCGGUUCGUCUUCUGAAGUGGUGUCCGAGUAUCCGUGCUCUUCUCGCUAUCGACGCUUCAAACAGGAUUCUGUUAAACUCUGUCCAUGAUCUUGAUACCUUCAAGCCAGUUUUCGAAUCCCGACUUGAGCGAGAUAAUGCCAUUGUUGGUGUGGUGGUAGGCGAGAGUGCAGAUAGGUUCAUGGUGUCAACCCGUGAGGCUGACUUCUUAUACGCACUGAGUACCGGUGAGCUUGUCUCAGAGCAUGAGCCCAAGAGAGACUCAGGUAUUCGGAAAUGGGUAACUGACCCAGCUCGACCCGAACAUGUGAUUUGUGUUGAUGAUGCCACUGUCUGCAUCUACGGGUGGGCUGAUCUGGCACAAGUUGCUUGCUUUGCAUUGGCGCUACGCCAGAACGAAAUGCAGCUGAAAGGGUGUUUUGUAUCGUCAAAUUGGAUGGUGCUCGAGACCUCAGACGGAAAUGGAUUCUCUAACACAAAUAGCAUCGCUAUAUUUGCUAGACCGUGGCCGGGCCAUGGCUCACCGGUUGAAGAUGGCAAACUAGCUGAUCUGCCCCUAUGCACCACGAUUUCAGCUGUUCUUCAUGUUCUCGGGACUACUGCUUCGGGAAGAUUGGUGUUUCUAGCUUCGAGCGGCUGGAUAUGCUCUGCGGAUCUGAGUCAAUAUGAGCCGAACACUGGGAUUGUGGAGACACGCCGCUCUUCGUUGGACAUAUUUAGACACUUCUUCGUUCCCUCAGAUUGUACCAACAAGUUCGAAUUUGGAUCGAGCAACACCCAUGUUGAUCUUGCUGUGCUUUCUGCACUCCCCGCCGGAUGCACCGUCAUUUCUACCGAAGGCCAUGGUGUCAGCUUUUGGGCCAAGACUGGUCGAAUAGAUACCUCUUUCAGCGAUGGCACGACACAGUCAUACUUCAUCAAGGUUCUUUCGAAGGAAUUGGGUCAAAAUAUGGUGAUGGCCGAGUUCGAGUCGAUGAGUGCCAUGUACAAAAUCGUGCCGCAGUUCGUGCCGAAGCCGAUCGCCUGGGGGAGCUAUAAAUCCAACCCAGAAACGCACUUCUUUCUUUGUGAGUUCCGAGAGAUGAUAGACGACAUGCCCGACCCGCACGAUUUCGCUGCUCUUCUCGCAGCACAGCACCAGAAGAGCAUAUCUCCAACCGGAAAGUUUGGAUUCCAUAUCACCACCUACGCAGGCAACCUCCCACAGUGGGUGGCCUGGGAGGAUAGCUGGGAGACUUUCUUUUCGAAGAGCAUGAGAUGGUCUCUCGAUCUCGAGAUCGAGAGAAAAGGCCCGAGUGAGGAACUUGACAAGCUCUCGUGUGUGUUGUUUGAGAAAGUGAUACCACGGUUGCUCAGACCCCUCGAGAGCGACGGCCGAACUGUGAAGCCAUCGCUUGUGCAUGGGGAUCUUUGGUAUGCGAAUGCGGGCCUUGACGUCAACACCGGGCAGCCCCUUGUCUUCGAUGCCUGCUGUUUCUUUGCCCACAAUGAGUACGAGUUUGGCCAGUGGAGGCCUGCCUGCAACAGAUUCGGGGCUGAAUACAUUUCUGCCUACAACUCUUUUGUCCAGAUAUCAGCUCCUGAAGAAGAUUUUGAGGGUCGUUUGGAUCUGUAUAGGCUGAGAUUUGAUACCCACGUAUCAGCGCUGUUUGUCGAAAAUGAAACUCUUCGUACACAGUAA